UGUGGGUAAGAGGGGAUUUAAAUGCGUGGGUGUUCACAGUGUACAACCACUCUGCAGUCAUCAAUUCAACUUCUGCUUAACAGAAUUGAAGCGCUCAUGCCCCAAAUAUGCCUCGAAAAACAUGGCAAAAGUUAAUGUGGGAUGCGGUUAGUCGCAAUGAGAUCGAAGCUGUUCAACAUCUACUCAAUGAAGACCGCGUGAAAACUGAGAUUCCAACCCUCAAAGUGUGGCGCAAUGAAGAGGCACCAUUACAUCUGGCCGCAUAUUGCGGAUACAAUGACAUUCUGGCACUUCUCCUCAAUCAUGGGGCGGAUAUUGACAGCUUCAAUGUGUAUUCUGAUGGUUAUAAAGUGACUUGUAUACACUUUGCAGUGUACAGGAACAAGGUGGGCACUGUCAAGUUCCUGAUGGAACAUGGGGCAGAUCCUGCUUUAGUGGGGAAAUGGGGAUCAACCCGUGGAGAUGCCUUUGAUUUUGCCCGGCAGAGAGGGCUACGCUCCUUGAUCACCAUUCUAAGGAGUUCUACGCCAGACGAUGAUUCAAGUGAUAAUGGUUUCAAACCAGAGGUGGUUGAUGAACUGGACCAGAUUACCCAAGGGAAGGUAAUGGAACUACGUGAGAAGCGCUCCAAGUUACAAUCAGAAUUGAAGAAACUGGAAAAGGAUUUGGCCCAGCUCACCACCAACGUCAAGGGCUCAGAGGUCAACCUGGAAUGCUCGGUGUGCCUGACUGUGCCACAGAAGAAUAUAUUGACUUGUCGAAAAUGUGAUGUCCUCCUGUGUCAUGCUUGCCAAGACCAAGUCAAGGUGUGUCCCGGAUGUAGGUCCAACUUCGACGAGGACUUGCCUCAUCGGAAUCGAUGGGCUGAGAAGCUUGUGAACAUAUUACACGGAAAACUGGACUGAAACAUCAGUCUCACAGAAAGUACAGGGCUGAAAUUAUUCAAUUUGACAUUUUAGAGGUAGAUUGUGACGAGUCCGACUAUUACCUGGCUCAUCGAUGAUAGAUCAAUCUUUUCCCUUUUUUUCAGGUGGCUUUCUUAGAGUUUUUUUUCAUGUAAAUGCACUCGUCUGCGAAUUGAUAGCAGCGGUACAUACGUCCAAAAUUGGUUUUUGAAGAGCUUUUAUAACCUUUCAUCAAUUUUAGGUUGACGCUUAUGUCUACAUGUAUUUUAAGAUCUUCUUCACUGCAUUGACUCAUCUAUAAGUUUUGCCACAGAUGCAUGUUGAUUGACAAAACACAAAAUAAGAGAUCCUUAAAUAUGUUAUGAUCUAAUGCAAAUGUUAUGUUUUUUUGGUCACUAUUGAGGGAUUAUACUACUUCAAGUGUGAUUGAGACAUCGAGCAAUUAUUGAAUUUGAAAACUGAAAUAUAUUUCUACAAUGUUAAUACAUAAUA